UCGAGUGAAACGUAUGUGCUAUAACGAGCGCGCUCCGUACCUUUAUUGUACAAAAGUUAGUGCAGCAACAACAAAGUGUAACGUAAACGCGUCGUGUGUGUUUGUUGUUUACGCUGAAGUGCGUGUGCGAGAUUUCUUACACACUUUUGUAGAAAACACAAAAAUAACAACGAAAACUCAUAAUUAGGCUACGCGCUGAUUAAGUACGUGUGCGCGCGUUUGUGUUGGUGUGCGAACGCACGAAAACUCGUUGCCUACCUGAGGCAACGCCGCUUGACUCAGUUACAUUGGCGGUUGGCUGCUUUGUGCGUUUUUGUAUUACUCGCAUUCUUUUCGGUUUCUGCCUUUUGUGUUGUGUUUUUGAUGCGCUUGAGGGAAUUCCAUGCGCUUUGAUGUUAUUUUCAUGUGACCCGACAGCAACAACAACGACAAGCGCAACAUGAAAAGUGGCCAUAUAGUCAGUGCUCCAUAAAAUCGUGUAAAGCUGCUAUUUAUUUGCAGCGGCAGUGAAUGUGUAAAGAAGGAAACAACACAAAGAAGUAGCAGAAACGGCAGAGAACAGCCGCAAAAACAAUAAGCAUACAAUAAGAGGGGCAGUAGAUAAAUAAUAAGUGUUUGUGGCAUGCUAUAAUAAUGCUAAAUAACAACGCAGAUUGUUUACAUGGAAAACCAAAAGGGAAUGUAAAAUAAAAAAGUGUGCCUGGUAAGCUGCACAACGCUGUACGCUUAGAAUUCGGGCGCGUUUGCGUAAUAUGCCAGUGACAAAGUUGUACUAGUUUGCUUAAUAUUUACAAAAACAACAAAUACAAAAUUUAAAAAAUAUUUUUUUGAUAAUAAAAUAAGUGACAACAACAAAUAGUUGCUAUUAAACACAAUGUGCUCCCAUAAAAUGUGUCGUCCCUAUGCGAGCAUGUGCUCUGUAAUCUACUGCAUUAUCCUGCAAUUAGUUGCAACCGCUCACGCUGCGAACACCGGCUCGGCAACGAAUCAACACAUGUCCAACGGUGUCAUCAGCGGCAGUAGCAGCAGUGUGGGCAUUGCCAAUGGCAACAAUGGAUUACAAUGUCAACGCAUCACGGUGCCGGCAUGUCAGGGUCUGGGCUACAACAUGACAGCUAUGCCGAAUUUGGCCGGACACACCAACCAGUUGGAAGCCGAACUGCGGAUGACGAAACUGCUGCCGCUAAUCGAAUCGUCCUGCUCGAAUCGGGCACGCUUUCUGCUUUGUUCCUCACUUUUUCCGCUUUGCACACCCGAUGUACCGCGGCCGGUCACCGCUUGCAAGCAGCUCUGUGAGACGGUAAAAAGUGAAUGCGAAACGCAUGCUGAGCUCAUGCAAUUGUGGCCCGACUUUCUCAAUUGUGACACACUGCCGCAGCCGGAGAAACAUGAGCUGUGCAUGCAAAUCCCGCAAGAGUCCGAAAAGCAGCAGACGAACAUACAGGCACAUCCACCCUCACCACAGCCACAAUUUCAACAACCAACGCAGUUCUAUUGGCCGUGGUCCGCUUGGAAAAUGCCGCCACAUCUGAGUAAGACCAUCGCGCCCAGCGCCAUCUGUCCACUCAACUUCACCGUCGAUCCGCUCAACGCAGAACUGUGCGUGCCGCAAUGCAACCGCGAUGCAUUUCACUCAACGCAACAGAAGAAAAUCGCCGAGGGUCUAAUACUCGGUCUCUCGGCGGUGUGCUUUGUUUUAACACUCUUCUCUCUGGUCACCUUCUGGGCUGAGCCUACGCGGUUUGGCUACCCCGAGCGCCCAGUGCUCUUUCUCUGCCUCUGCUACAACCUCUUCAGUGUUUGUUACCUGGAACGCAUCGUGUUUCACAACUCCACGCGUACGCUGGCUAUGAUCGAAGAUCCGUUGGGUAAAAUUAGUGCCGCCUGCUCCGUAACGCCGCCCUGCUUGGCCUCAUACAUCACCACAAGCUAUCUGAGUUUGUGCGCCGCCACCUGGUGGCUAAUUUUUGCGUUAUGCUUCUUCCUCUCAUCGCAUCAGAAGUGGUCGAGUGAGGCGCUCGAGAAAAAAUCCGGUCUAUUUCAUGUGCUGGCUUGGGUGCCACCACUGGCGCCACCAAUUGCCGCGCUCCUAAUGGAACAGGUGCGCCCCAACGAGCUGACUGGCAUGUGUACAGCUUUCGGUUUUGUGGAGAUACCCGCUUUGGUGCUGCUAUUGCUCGGCUUAUUUUUCACCGUACGUGCCUCCAGAUCGCUACAUAUGCUGCAACAACAAAUUAAACCGAUUUUCGGACACCAACGCUUUUCGCAAAUACGCAAACGCUUUCUUAUAUUUUCGUUGCUCUUCUUCAUGCCGACAAUAGCGGGCGUAUUGACCUCAUUUUUCGAGCGCUACAUCGACACGGUGCCCGCUUGCUCCACGCACGAAGACUGCGCACCGCCAGAGCAACGUACCGCUUGGCCGACGCUUAUACGAAUAUUCUUUCAGUUAGCGGGUGGCACAUUAACCGGCAUGUGGGUAUGGUCGCGGAAGACCUGCGAGUCGUACCGCAGUCGGCUGGUGGCCACGCCCACUUCUUCGACAACAACUAAGUCGAUCUCAUCGCUGCCGAAGAAGCACAUACACACGAACGGCAAGUCGGUCAGCAGCGCUUUGUAUAGCGGUAUCAACUUCCACAAUGUACCGGUCUAUAAUCCGAAUCAAGCGCACGUGUAGCGCUUACUGCUGGGUAUACAUGGGAACAGUGUUGCUGCUGAGCAACAACACAGUCCGAGGGAGGGUGUAUAUACUUUGGGAUUAUAUCUUUAAGGAAAUUACCGUUAAUGUAGUUAAGGUAUCUUUUUAACUUCUAAAGGCUCGAAUAUUAUUUUGUUUAACUGUAAUGUGCAUACUUAGGCUUAAAUUUUUGUAAAUGCUAUAGUUGUAAUUGUAAAUAAAAAAAAAAGUAUUUUUUGCAUACUUUCACUAUUUAUAUGAACGAAAAUAAAUAUAUAAGCCUUUCAGUAAAGCCUACUAGAUGAGAAUUAAUGCAGUAGUAAGUCCUUUGGGUAUAGUUUGUAUGCUUAAAAUAUAGAUUUCCACUUUGUAUGACAAUUUCUCUGAAAAAGUAGAUCAUUUUGUGGUAUCAAUUACAUCAAUUUUGAACUAAUUCAAAAUAUAAUAGUAUAUCUCCACAUUGAAGUGGAUUCAAUGAUUCGGACUCGUAUUUAUUACUGCAUGGUCCUUAGUAUUCCAUGUCUUUACUCAUUGCUUAAGUAAGAGCUUAAAAACUUAAAAUUUUUAAAAGAAAAUGUGUUAGUAGCUUUAAACUGUAAAUAUAUGUAAUGUAGUUAUA